CCUAAUGCAAGUAGGACAUGUUUGAUGUCCUUCAUGCUAAUAUGACAUCACAUGACAUGCAUAAGCUAUAAGGAAGGGAGUUGUCCUUCACUCCAUGGAACAGAACUACAGGAAUGAAAGUGUAAAGCGAGAAGGACACAGGUAUCUUGCCCAUCACUUGGAGCCCACACAAUUUUGCUGAGCGUCUGAGGACAGCAGAGGAGGACAAGCAAAAAUGAAGGUGGAGAUGUGGAAGGUGCACGCCACGUUACAGUCGGCGCUGGAUGGCAACGUGGCCAUUUCCACACCUCCAAAUGUGGACAUUCAGCAAUUGUUGGAAAACUUGCCGCCAGACCAGCGGGAACGACUGGAGGAGUACUACUUUGAAAAGGAAAGGGCCAUACUCCUCGAACGUCAAGUUGCCGCAAAGGCCCUUCAGGAUGCCGGAAAGGCCCGUCAAGAUGCCGGAAAGGCGCGAUAUGAGCUUGUCCAGAACCAAUUGAAGUCCCUGAACACAAUCCAAGCCCUUCAAGUUGAGAACAGAGCUCUCAAGAGAAGAGUCGCCCGCGAUGUCGGUGAAGGGAUCGUGGCCCGCGAUGUCGGUGAAGGGAUCGUGGCCCGCGAUGUCGGUGAAGGGAUCGUGGCCCCCGAUGUCGGUGAAGGGGUCGUGGCCCCCGAUGUCGGUGAAGGGGUCGUGGCCCCCGAUGUCGGUGAAGGGAUCGUGGCCCCCGAUGUCGGUGAAGGGAUCGUGGCCCCCGAUGUCGGUGAAGGGAUCGUGGCCCCCGAUGUCGGUGAAGGGAUCGUGGCCCGCGAUGUCGGUGAAGGGAUCGUGGCCCGCGAUGUCGGUGAAGGGAUCGUGGCCCCCGAUGUCGGUGAAGGGAUCGUGGCCCCCGAUGUCGGUGAAGGGAUCGUGGCCCGCGAUGUCGGCGAAGGGAUCGUGGCCCGCGAUGUCGGCGAAGGGAUCGUGGCCCGCGAUGGCGGCGAAGGGAUCGUGGCCCGCGAUGGCGGCGAAGGGAUCGUGGCCCGCGAUGUUGGCGGCGAAGGGAUCGUGGCCCGCGAUGUUGGCGAAGGGAUCGUGGCCCGCGAUGGCGGUGAAGGGAUCGUGGCCCGUGAUGGCGGUGAAGGGAUCGUAGAGGAUCCCGGUGAUGAGUCACCGGCGGCCAAAAGGGCCAGACGAAGCCACUCCAUAUAAGUCAUCUUUUUUCCAGGCGGUACCAUGGGCUCAGCGCUGCGGAGUGGUACCAUGUGGCACCAUGUGGUACCAUGGGUUGAGUGCUGCUGCUGUCCCACUUCAAUAAAAAAUUGAUUGACAAAUGCUUGGUUGCUUUUUAUCAAUUCUAUGCUUUUAUGGGGAUUGGCCCCUCCCACCUGCGAAGACAUGCACCUGUCUUGCCCAAGGACACGACGGCAGUGACUAGGAUGGUGGAAGUGGGGAUUGAACCUGGAGCCCUCAAGUUGCUGGCACGGCCGCUCUACCACCCGAGCUAUACCGCUGUUUUCACUGCUG